UUAUAUCCAAAUAAUGAUCAAUCAAUCAUUAACCAAAUUAAACCAUUCAUUACAUUGCUUUAGGUCACGAGUUCAUUAAUAGAUCAACCUAUUUCAAAUGCCAAUUGAAUUAAUGAAAUAAAAUAUACUGAAUUUAUCAUUUGUAACUUCUACCAAUGGAUUAGGAAUGUGCAAAAAUCAAUUUAAUUUUAUAAACAAACCUUUGUUUUAGCAGUGUUGGCCACACCCUAAUUUUAAUAGGAUACAUAAAAUUAAAGCUACCAACAUAGCUUUAUUACCUGCAUGUAUAUCAGCAUAACACAGUGAAAAUAAUGGACUCAUUGACCUUUUGCUUUGGUAGUUUUUUUUUUUUUUUUAUGUUUUUCUUUUUUAAAUUAUUAAUAAAUCAGGGUUUCUCACUGACAUUUUUAUUUGAAAAUAAGAACAAAUUUGCCCCCCUCCCCCUGAAAUUUUAUUAAUUUAUCAGUAUUUUUUAUGUUACUUUCAUUAUUAAAAAUAUGUGUGCAUUUGGCAAGUAAACUAUCCCAAGAUAGUCCCAUGUAGUUUAUACAUUUAGUGACAAACCCUGAGAUCACAAAUUGAUGUUUUGAUUCUCUUUUCUUAUUUUCCUUUUUUUCUUCUUACAGUUUUUUUUUACAGUUUCAUUUUACUGCUGACAAGAAGUCUAGCAGUUGAUAAAUGUGAUAAAUGACCAUUCAAACAUGAAAGAAAACUUGGAUCACUCUUUCAUAUCCAAGUGGAAAGAGGACUCAUCUUGUGAGAAAUGAGCUUCACCAGUCAAUGUGCAAGGCCAUUUGCAGGUCAGAAAAUGUGGAACAGACAGUCCUCUGUUUAUUGGUAAAGGAAAAUCCCAGAGUAGUUGUAAAUGCUGCAGCAAAAGUUGUAUCGGAAGAAUCCAGAGAACUAUGUAAACAGAACUCAAAUUCUCUCUUACAAAUGAAAGAUCAGGAGAGUCUUAUGUCCUUCGCAUGGGACAAAUUUUAUAAAGAACUGGAAAUCCGAGCCCCAAAUUUAUUAAGAGUUGUAAGUUCAAUUGUGAGUGAUAUUCCUACAGUAAUUGGAGAGAAGAAAUACAUGAACAUCCUUCACACUGUUGCAUCAGGUCUCCAUGGGCGUAGUAUGGAAAUGUCAGGACUUCACUACAGCAUAGCUUUUGUCCUUGUUCAUGGAGGAUGUACGCUUAGGGAUAUCGAUAGACUUGCCAAAAUUGGACUGUGUGUUUCUUCAAGUUCUGUCCAUAAGAAGCUGUCGUCAUGGAAAGAUAGCUUAGACGAAGCAGUGAUAAAGUUACGUACAGAUUGGGAAAAUGGUGGGCGCAUCAAAUACCAGUUGGUUGGUGAUAACUGGGACAAAAAUAUACUUCCAUCAUUCAGAACAUCCCAGCAGACAACAACGUCACUACAUUUGUUCAACACCAUUGCAGUAGUGGAUAGGGUUGUGCCAGUGCCUUAUGAUGUGCCAAAUAUGGAUGCAAACAGUGAUAUUGAUGCCAAUCGCUUUGUACCAUCUGUUGAGGAGCAAAAGUUGCUCAUGGAUGAAUUAGUGUUCAUUGUUGCAUCAUCUGUAAUCAGCAAUGUACCACAGAUGAGAGAUAUAUUUGGAAAAAUUUACCCAAAGCAUCUUCAUCAUGAAUUUAGUGACCAAGCUGGAGAAAAAACAAAACAGUAUCCUCUGGGCCUUACAGACUGCAAUGAGAAUAAAACUGCAGAAGUGAUUAAGAUGUUAGGAGAAUUUCAACACAAGUAUGUUCCAUUCAAGAAUGAUGAAAUUCACGAACCAGUUUUUUUUGGUGGUGAUAGACUGACGGAUGAAAGAAUUCAAUCAGCCCAACAAGCGAUGCUGAAUGCAGAAUCCCCAGCAGGAAGGCUUGAAGGCUUUAUUUCUAAGAUUGAGGACUUUCAUAGGCUGAUGAAUUUUUUAGAGGCCAUCGCAAAGUUGACCUACAGCACAGAUUCUGCAAGUGACCCAGGCACAAUGUUCUACUUUAGAAACUAG